AUGUUUACAGCCAUUCCAUUUUGUCCCCUUGUAGCCGUGUCUCUGGUCAUUAUCUUCGUGUUUAACUCCCAUCACAGGAACCGAAGAAAGACACAUUACCCUCCAGGACCCAAGCCCCGACUUCUCGUGGGAAACUUCUUCGAUUUCCCCAAAACUGAACCAUGGAAAGUGUAUCACGGUUGGGGGAAAGUUUAUGGCGAAAUGAUACAUCUUAAAGUCCUUGGACAACAUAUAAUAAUCAUCAAUUCUCAGAAGCUUGCUGAUGCGAUGUUCGAAAAACGUUCUCGAAUCUAUUCAGAUCGCCCUCUUUUCCCUAUGCUAGACUUGAUGGGUUGGUCAAAAAUGAACACUGCUAUGUUGCGAUACGGUCCAAAUUGGCGGAUGCAUAGAAGAAUAUAUCAACAGGGAUUCCGGGCUAAUGUUGUUCCAGACUAUCAGUCUAUCCUUUCACCAAAAGUUGGCCAACUCCUGUCAAACUUGCAUCAAAGUCCCGAUCUGUUUUCGACCCACAUAAGGGGUUAUGCCACAGCUGCUAUUCUCGCAGUAGUAUACGGCUACGAAACCUCAUCAUCCAACGAUACCCUCGCCCAGAUUACAGAAGAGGCGACCAGGACAAGUUCGGACGCGACACAUGCUUCGGCGGCUGUGGUGAACCUGUUACCAUUCCUCCGCCAUCUUCCCCUCGAGUUUCCGAUAUUUGAGUUCCAACGGAUUGCACUAAGAACACGAAAAUUACUGAAAGAAAUGCGGAGAUUACCUUACGAAUACGUCAAGAACAACACGGAAACCAGCAGUGGGAAGUUUUCUUUGCUCGGAGAUCUUCUAGAAAAUCACACCGCCAAUGGCGGAGACAAAUACCAAGAGGACGUGAUAAUAGAUACCCUCACUACAGCUUACGCUGCCGGCCAAGAAACAACCGUUUCUCUACUCACGGCAUCUCUCCUAGCUAUGGCUCUUCAUCCGGAAGCACAGAAACGGGCACAACGUGAGCUCGAUACUGUCGUAGGAAAAGAUCGGCUUCCGUCCUUUACUACGGAUCGUUCAAAUUUGCCAUACGUUGAGGCCGUCUUACGCGAGACACUUCGUUGGUCACCGAGUGUUCCGCUCGGAGUUCCUCACGCGGCUUUCUUGGACGAUACGAUAGAUGGUUAUUUCAUUCCAAAAGGUACUCUUGUCCUUGGUAAUACCUGGGCCAUGACUCGGGAUGAGUCUGUCUACCCAGAACCAGAGUCUUUCAUUCCGGAAAGAUUUCUGAGUGGAGAUGGAACACUCAAUGAGGAUGAAAUGCUACUCUCGUUCGGCUUUGGGAGAAGGAUUUGUCCAGGUCGAUACUUCGCAAUCUUGACAGUUUGGACAGCAAUGGCCUCGAUUUUGUCACAGUUCGAAAUUGGACAACCUGAGGAUGAGGCGGGAAUGCCAAUCAAAAGUCUGGCUGAUGUCAAAUAUUCUGAUGGUAUAAUCAGUCUUCCCGAACAUUUCCGAUGCAUGAUAAAACCGCGGAGGGAGUGA